AUGAACAACAUACGACCCCCUUGUAUCAAUAAGCUGACUCCUCCACCCACCAACCCAUUGGAUAUUAAACUCAAGGCCCUGAUCAAACGUUUAAAUGCUAUGACGACUACCUCCCAAACUCCUACCCCGCGACAAUUUCAGUGCUAUAUCUGUUGGUCGACUCAACACCAUUCUGGCCGUUGCCCCAAAGCAUGUGGAAAGUGUGGCGACACACAACACACGGCUCGAGACUGCAAAACAUCUCCACUUCUGUCUACCAUCAAUUGUAACCGUCAAAACUAUCUAGCUAUUGUAAGUAGCCAGCGAAGCAAUAAAAGCAGUUUCUCCUAUAUUGCAACACCCUAUCAUACACCCGAGCCUUCUAUUCGCCACAUUACUCGUAUCAAUCCGCCGACCAGUAAAUCUACAAACGACAAACUAUUCAUCGACGGCGGGGCUACCGGGAACUACUUCAAUACCACAGCGCGUCAUCGCCUCAUGAAACUUGAGACUGGUAUCUUCCCACUGCAACUAGCCGACGAGUCUACUACCACGAUCACUGAGCGCGGUAUACUACCUAACAUUGGUAUGACAUAUAUUAGUCCCCCACUCAUUCAACAAUUAGUUUCACAAAAUUUAUUGCAAGACAACGGCUACACAUUUGCAUACCCUAGCAACCGCAAGAUAUGCAGAAUAUCCAAGGGAACCCACCAUAUGACUAUUCCCCGAGAAAAGUGCUAG